AUGGAUUCUGAGCCUUCUUGGACUGCCACUCCCUCUCCUGGGGGCACUCUGUCUGUCCCCAACGCUACCACACCCUGGCUGGGCAGGGAUGAAGAGCUAGCCAAGGUAGAGAUUGGGAUCCUAGCUACCGUCCUGGUUCUGGCCACCGGGGGCAACCUGGCUGUACUGCUGACGCUGGGCUUCCAGGGCCGCAAGCGUUCCCGCAUGCACCUGUUUGUGCUGCACUUGGCCCUGACUGAUCUGGGCGUGGCGCUUUUCCAGGUCCUGCCUCAGCUGCUCUGGGAUAUCACCUACCGCUUCCAAGGCUCUGACACUCUUUGCCGGGCUGUCAAGUAUCUGCAGGUGCUCAGCAUGUUCGCUUCCACUUACAUGCUGCUGGCCAUGACGCUGGACAGAUACCUGGCUGUCUGUCACCCACUUCGCAGCCUCCGGCAGCCCAGCCAGUCCACCUACCCUCUCAUUGCAGCUCCCUGGCUGCUGGCUGCCAUCCUCAGCCUCCCUCAAAUUUUCAUUUUUUCUUUGCGAGAGGUCAUCCAGGGCUCAGGGGUACUGGACUGCUGGGCAGAUUUCUACUUUUCUUGGGGGCCACGGGCCUACAUCACCUGGACCACUAUGGCCAUCUUUGUGUUCCCCGUGGCUGUGCUCACAGCCUGUUACAGCCUCAUCUGCUGUGAGAUCUACAAGAACCUGAAAGUCAAGACACAGGCUGGCAGAGAGGAAAAAAGUGGCUGGAGGACAUGGGACAAGUCCUCAUCUUCUGUCCCUGCUGAUGCCCCUCGAGGGUUGCCAUCCCGGGUCAGCAGCAUCAGUACCAUCUCCAGAGCAAAGAUCCGAACCGUGAAGAUGACCUUUGUCAUUGUGCUGGCCUACAUCGCUUGCUGGGCACCCUUCUUCAGUGUCCAGAUGUGGUCUGUGUGGGAUGAGAACGCCCCCAAUGAAGAUUCCACCAAUGUGGCUUUUACCAUCUCAAUGCUUUUGGGCAACCUCAGCAGCUGCUGCAACCCCUGGAUCUACAUGGCCUUCCACAGCCACCUGCUGCCACGUUCCCUGAGUCACCGUGUCUGCUGCAGGGGUCCCCAGCCCAGAGUGCACAGGCAACUCUCCAAUAGCAGCCUUGCUAGCCGACGCACAACACUGCUGACCCACUCCAGCGGUCCAUCGACCCUCCGUCUCAGCCUUAACCUCAGCCUGCACGCAAAGCCCAGGCCUGCGGAGUCACAGAAGGAUUUAGAGCAGGGGCAUGGAGAAGCCACCGUGGAGACCAGCAUCUUUUAG